AUGCCUCCAAAGUUUAAUCCUUAUAGCGCAGGCUCUUUUGUUCCUGGAUCUGGUGCUGACCCACAGCAACAAUAUGGUGGUAAUCAGUAUUCCAACGAUAGAAGUAGAGGUGGUUCUUCUUACCAAGGGUUCCAAAGAAAACCAAUGGGUUAUGAUCAAUAUAUCCAGCAACAAUCAGCUGGUUUAAACAGAGCUCCUCGUCAAAAUUUCCAGCAACAGGGUCAAUAUGAUAGCACUCCAAGCUCAAUCUCAUCAACUCCAUUGAACAGUAAUUUGAACUCACCAUCACAAUCAACAACUUCAUUGACAUCUUUAAACCAAACAUUAGACAAAUUAGAAAUUUCUCCUAUCACAAAUAAUCUACAAGCAUUGAAAGAAGCUAAAACAAUUAGUGAUGUUAAAACCGAAAUCAACUCUAUUGUUGACUCAAUCAAUGAAAAUGGUAUUUCCUCUUUGGAAGAAUGGAAAAUUGAAGAAAUUAUCUCAAAGCUGAUAAAGCCAAAAAACCCUGCUUUAGUCAGAGAAGGUGGGUUUGUUAUGAUAUCAUCCAUUGUUAGAAAGUUUUCUGGUCAAACACCAAAAGAAGCCUACUUUUUGACAUUUUUAUCAAUUGCAUUAGAUGGUUUAGCUGAUAAAGAAAACAAUGUUAAAAGAGCAUCUCAAGCCGCUAUUGAUUCCAUAUAUGGAUCAUACCCAAUCGAAGCUUUAGCUUCUAUUGUUUUGGUUGAAAUUUUGAAAUACUUGAAAUCCUCAGCUAAAUGGCAAUCAAAAGUUGGUGCUUUGAAGUUGGUUGACAAGAUUGUUGAAGAUUCUCCAGGUGAUUUAAUUGAAUUAAAAUUCAAAGAAGCCGUUCCAGUGCUAACUGAUGUCAGUGUUGAUUUCAAACCGGAACUAGCUAAAGUUGGUCUAAAAACCAUGUCAACUUUUGUCAAGGUCUUGGAUAACUUAGAUUUACAACCUCGUUAUGACAUGAUUAUCUCAACAUUAGCAGACCCAAACAAGGUUCCAGAUUGUAUUAAAUCUUUAUCCUCUGUUACUUUUGUUGCUGAAGUUACUGAACCUGCUUUAUCAUUAUUAGUUCCAAUUUUGGUUAGAUCAUUGAAUUUGUCCUCAUCAUCACAAGAACAAUUGCGUCAAACUGUUAUUGUCGUGGAAAAUUUAACUAGAUUGGUUAACAAUAAGUUUGAAAUUGAAAGUUUCAUUCCACAAUUAAUGCCAGGUGUUCAAAAAGUUGUCGAUACUGCAGCUUUACCAGAAGUUAGAGAAUUAGCUGAAAAGGCAUUGAAAGUUUUGAAAGAUGAUUCCAUUGAUGAUGGUAAAUUUAGUGGUAGAUUGCCACAUGAAGAGGGUAAAAACUAUUUGAGUGCAGAUCUUGUCAACAAUGAUGAAACUGUCUAUGAAUAUUUGAUCUCCAUUUUAGUUGCAGAUGCUAAUGUGAAUGACUGGAAUAGAUUAAAAGAAUAUUUGAACUUAGCAUUACCACAAUAUAUUGAAGAUGAAUCUGAAAUUUCAAAGAUCGCAGAAGAAACUGUCACCAAAUUAAGAGCUUUAUUCACCCCUGAUGCUGUUGCAUCAAAUGAAGAUGAUGGUAUUGAAAUUGUUAACUCUGAUUUCUCUUUGGCCUAUGGUGGUCGUAUGUUGUUGAAUAAGACCAACUUGAGAUUAUUAAAAGGUCAUAGAUAUGGUUUAUGUGGUCGUAAUGGUGCUGGUAAAUCUACAUUGAUGAGAGCAAUUGCCAAUGGACAAUUGGAAGGUUUCCCAGACAAAUCAGAAUUAAGAACUUGUUUUGUUGAACAUAAAUUGCAAGGUUCAGAAGCUGAUAUGGAUUUAGUUAGCUUCAUUGGAUCUGAUCCUGAAUUGGCUCAAGUUUCUAAAGAAGAAAUUGCUAAAGCCUUGGAAGAGGUUGGAUUUGAUCAAGAAAGAAGAGAACAACAUGUUGGUUCAUUGUCAGGUGGUUGGAAGAUGAAGUUAGAAUUGGCCAGAGCCAUGUUAAUGAAAGCUGAUGUUUUACUAUUGGAUGAACCUACCAAUCAUUUGGAUGUUGGUAACGUUAAAUGGUUACAAGAUUACCUUGUUUCACAUGAUGAAAUUACCUCUUUAAUUGUUUCACAUGAUUCUGGUUUCUUGGAUACCGUUUGUACUGAUAUCAUUCAUUAUGAAAAUAAAAAAUUAGCUUAUUACAAAGGUAAUUUAUCAGAAUUUGUUAAAGUCAAACCAGAGGGUAAGUCAUACUAUACUUUGACUGAUUCUAAUGUUAAAAUGGCUUUCCCACCACCAGGUAUUUUGACCGGUGUCAAGUCAAACACUAGAUCAGUUGCUAGAAUGUCAAAUGUCACUUUUGCUUACCCAGGUGCUGCCAAACCAUCAUUAAGUAAUGUUUCAUGUUCUUUAUCUUUAAGUUCAAGAGUUGCUAUUUUAGGUCCAAAUGGUGCUGGUAAAUCUACUUUGAUCAAAUUGUUGACUGCUGAAUUAAUUCCAAAUGAAGGUAAGGUUGAAAAACAUCCAAAUUUGCGUAUUGGUUAUAUUGCUCAACAUGCUUUGCAACACGUUGAAAUGCAUAAAGAAAAAACUGCUAACCAAUAUUUGCAAUGGAGAUAUAGAUUUGGUGAUGAUCGUGAAGUUUUAUUAAAAGAAUCUAGAAAGAUUUCCGAAGAAGAAAAAGAACAAAUGGCUAAAGAAAUUGAUGUCGGUGAUGGUAGAGGCCCAAGACAACUUGAAGCUAUUGUUGGUAGACAAAAAUUGAAAAAAUCUUUCCAAUAUGAAGUUAAGUGGAAAUUCUGGUUACCUAAAUAUAACAGUUGGGUGUCAAAAGAAUUAUUAAUUGAAAACGGGUUUGAUAAAUUAGUUCAAAAAUUCGAUGAUCAUGAAGCUUCUAGAGAAGGUUUAGGUUAUAGACAGUUGAUUCCAUCAGUUAUCCGUAAACAUUUUGAAGAUGUUGGUUUAGAUGGUGAUAUUGCUGAUCAUACUCCAAUGGGUUCCUUAUCUGGUGGUCAAUUAGUUAAAGUUGUUAUUGCAGGUGCCAUGUGGAACAACCCUCACUUAUUAGUUCUUGAUGAACCUACCAAUUAUUUGGAUAGAGACUCUUUAGGUGGGUUAGCUGUUGCCAUCAGAGAUUGGUCUGGUGGUGUUGUUAUGAUUUCACAUAACAAUGAAUUCGUUGGUGCUUUAUGUCCAGAGCAAUGGAUUGUUGAAAACGGUACUAUGGUUCGUAAAGGUUUUGCUGCUGUUGAUGGUACUAGUUUUGAAGAUGGUGGCUCAGGUGCUGUUUCUAAAGAUGGCUCACCAGCCCCAAGUGUUCCACAAACCAGUAAUGAUGAUGAUUCUCCUGCUAACAUCAAGGUUCGUACUAGAAAGAAGAAGAUGACAAGAAACGAAAAGAAACUAAGAGAAGAACGUCGUCGUUUGAGACAUAUUGAAUGGUUGAGUAGUCCUAAAGGUACUCCAAAACCAGUUGAUACUGAUGAUGACGACGAAUAA